AUGGCAGAUCUGGAGGCCAACAAGGAGACAGUGAAUUUACACAAUCGCAAUCGUCCAGACGUGAACCCCAGCGAACAGGAUGGUCCAGUCUCGGACCCAGAUCGCUGCAUCGAUACCAGUGGCUCCAUAGAAGAGAAUAAGCAUUUAUCCAUCUUCCACCAGCUCGGUCUUCUAGAUCGCUUUUUGGCAGUAUGGAUUUUUCUCGCGAUGCUGAUCGGCAUUCUACUGGGCAACUUUGUUCCUAGCACGGGGCCGGCAUUACAGAAGGGAAAUUUUGUAGGAGUAUCGGUGCCUAUUGCCGUCGGCCUUUUAGUCAUGACGUACCCCAUUCUAUGCAAAGUGCGCUAUGAGUCGCUGCAUCGCACGCUUCGCCAAAAGGCGCUUUGGGUCCAAAUUGAGUUCAGUUUGAUCGUCAAUUGGAUCAUCGCCCCUCUCUUCAUGUUGGCCCUCGCGUGGGCGUUUCUGCCCGAUGAGAAAGGUCUGAGAGAGGGAUUAAUCCUGGUUGGAAUUGCGAGAUGUAUUGCGAUGGUGCUCAUUUGGACCGGUCUCGCGGGUGGUGACACUGAAUAUUGCGCUAUUCUUGUGGCCAUCAACUCGGUUCUGCAGAUGGUUCUGUUUGCGCCUUUGGCCAUCUUUUUCAUUCGGGUAAUGAGUGGCGACCAAAUUCACUUGCAAUACUCCCUGGCGGCGAGAAGCGUGGGCGUGUUCCUCGGCAUUCCCCUUGGUGCUGCAAUUGUGACGCGGUUCGGACUGCGCAGCCUCGUCGGAGAGCAAUGGUACGAGAGAAAAUUUCUCAAUUGGAUCAGCCCCCUAUCGCUCAUCGGGCUGCUCUUCACAAUCGUUGUUCUGUUCGCCUCUCAGGGCCGGCAUGUGGUACAUCAGAUCGUGUCAGUUGUCAGGGUGGCUGCGCCUUUGGUCGUAUACUUUGCUGUCAUCUUUCUGGCCACUCUGCUUGUAACGAGGCGUUGUGGCUUUGGAUAUGAGUUGUCGUGCACCCAAAGCUUCACAGCUGCGAGCAAUAACUUCGAGUUGGCCAUCGCGGUGGCAAUUGCCACCUUCGGGGUUGACAGCGACCAAGCAUUGGCAGCGACUGUCGGUCCUCUUGUUGAGGUCCCGGUCUUGUUGGGGUUGGUAUAUGUCGUCAGGUGA